AUGCAGGAGCAGCCGUUGCUCGAUAUGUUCGGUGUUAUGAGUGUCUGCAAUCGAGCGCAAUUCGAACAUGUACGCCGAUCCAAACGAUCCGUAUGCAAGGCGCGUGCACAAGCUAAAGUCUCAAUGGAGCAGUUGCACGCAGCACAGAUUUCCAAGCGAUUCACCGUCUUGUUAGUUACUGUUCUCGGGGUGUUUGAAUUUCAUGUAAUGUUUCUAAUCGUCCUUAUACAAGCAUACUUUUUAUAA